AUGAAUAUCCUCCAUCAAAGCAAUUUAAAAGUAUUAAACUGCGCCAUAGAAACUCCAUCUUACCGAGACAGGCGGAGACCUUGGAGUUGCAGCAGCUGUAGCCCACCUUCUAAAGCGUAUGCAAACCAGACACCAUUAGCAGUUGGAAUCAGCUGGAACUCAGGCCGCAGGAUCAUGGCAAUUCUUGAUGAAACCUACUCAACGUCAAUGCACACAGCAAAGACCCGCUUCAACGGUGUAUUCGCUGCCUAUUCUGCUCAUGAUGGCUUUCAAGGCCUAGAUGCUUGGAACGACCGUAUGCAAUCAAAGCUGCUCUAG